AUGUCUGCCACUCGGUUGACCCCUUCGCUCAAGCAGCUUCUGGCAUUACGAGGCCCUCAGCCUUUGCCUAGCCCUCCUCUUCCUCAGCUGAACGCGAUUUUCAGCAAGACGUUGCGUGAUGCGCAGCAUCGCAGGGCUGAGACCGGGUGGCUCGUCCUUACUAUUUGCUCUCUACUCACUGUAAAUCGACCUUCAGCUGUUGGCCACCUUUACCGUUUCGUCACAAGGGACUCCCUUCUGGAAGGAAGUGCUGCUCGGACAAUCGAUGUUCCAAGCGCCGUGAACAAGGCGGCGCUUAUGCGCGAAUCUGCGUUAAAGAGCGUCAUCUUUGUCGGUGUCCCUCGAGUAAUUCAAUCACUGGCUGCGCUGCAUGAAGCACUCGAUGACGAGGUCAAGCAAGCGCUCAGGACCAGUUCUCGCAGGACUGCAUCAAUGGAAAAUAUCGAUUCUAUUCUUAGCCAAGGCCGAGCGCUUUGGGACUCUGUCUACACCCCUCACGCCGACAAACUUCAUGCCAAGCUGGGAUCCUACCACCCCGACUUUAUAGCUUUCAUCAUCCAGUGUUAUGGCUCUGUCCUUUCGCCUUUGGCGGGCGGUACGAAGUCGUAUGCCGACCGAAGUGGACUGGGAGAUUCUGAUCAGGGCAAUUUAAGUCGAGCCCUGGGUUCUGUCGUUGGUAUGGCUACAUUGAGAGCGGAAGGUGGCGUCGGACCCCAGCUCGUCAGUCAUACCUUUGGUCUGCUCAAAGCGCGCAACACACCUGGACAAAGCGCGGAAGACCAAUGGCUGUCCAGCGACGAAGGAGCGGAAUGGGUUCUGAGGACGGUGGAUGAGAUUCUGGAAGGGGUUUCAGCCAAGGAGGGGGAGGUUAAAGCGAGGCUGUAG